GCUUUUUCAAUCAGAGAAACUGUGGGCCUGUGGCUUCAUAUUACACGUAAGUUCGACAUGUUGCCGAUCGGAACGAAAUUCUCCCCACGUUCGUGAGGCUUGGAUUUGAGGCUAUUUCAACGUCCACAUCUCUUUUCUUCUCUCAUGUGGCUGGGGUACUCUCGCGCGCGCCGCGCGCACAAACACAGAGACGGAGCAGUAGCAUCAUCUCUUCCUCUCCCCGCUGCUUAGACAAGGAUUGUACCAUCUUCCUGUGAGGAGAAAGUAAAGGUGCUCAGAUAAUUUUUCCUGGCAAAUGGAAGUUCUUCUGGUUCGUCAGUUAAGUGCAGCAUCACCUUGCAAAUCUAGAAGUGGGGAUUUUCCUUGCAUACAUUUGGCACCCUAUGGUAAACACUGUCAACCAGCUACUUCGGAUCAAAGGCACCGACACUUGAAAUUGGAAAAACAACAGUUUCUUAAAGGAAGGUUUUCAUUAUCUAGAGGGAAGCAUAUUGUAGGAUUUCAAUUGUCAGUUUCAAAAUCUCCAUCUUUACGUAUCUCAAGUGAGCAAAAGGCAGUGAUAUUGAGAAGAAGGGGUGAGAAGGAUAACGGUCAAAUUGAAAAAGCAAGCAAUGCUCUGGAACAACUUGAUUUUGAGCGUGGUGUUUGCAUCCCUUUUCGCAAAUACACACCUGAAACAGUGCGGAAUAAGGUAUUAGAAUCAAGAGGGGGAAUAUUAUCUCUGAUUGGUCGUGGGGUGGAGAUAGUUUGGAAUUUGGGUUUGUAUUGGUCUGGUCUCGUGUAUGACUUCGUGCUAGGACAGGAUCAGGAAGUUGUUCAAUUUCGGGCAAGGCAGCUUCGUAAACUUUUGUGUCAGCUGGGGCCCUCUUUUAUUAAGGCUGGUCAGGUUCUGGCAAAUCGACCUGAUAUAAUACGAGAAGAUUAUAUGAAUGAGCUUUGCAUUCUCCAAGAUGAUGUACCACCAUUUCCCAAUCAGGAAGCUUUUUCUAUUAUUGAAGAGGAACUGGGGCAGCCUCUUGAGAAGGUUUUCAGCAAGAUCUCAGCAGAGACAAUAGCGGCAGCUAGCUUGGGCCAAGUUUAUCGGGCUACACUUCGCAGCUCUGGCGAAGAUGUGGCAGUUAAGGUUCAAAGGCCCGGUAUUGAACCAAUAAUUUAUCGUGAUCUUUUCUUGUUUAGAACUUUAGCUUCAUUUUUGAAUGGGAUAAGUCUCCAGAAACUUGGGUGUAAUGCUGAACUUAUAGUUGACGAAUUUGGUGAGAAACUGCUGGAGGAGCUUGAUUACACAUUGGAAGCUAGAAACCUCGAGGAUUUUCUGGAGAACUUCAAAAAUGAUCCCACAGUUAAGAUCCCUAAGGUUUAUAAGGAGCUUUCUGGUGAGCGCGUGUUAGUAAUGGAGUGGAUUGAUGGAAUACGAUGUACAAAUCCACAGGCUAUCAAAGAAGCAGGCAUAGAUGUAAACGGUUUCUUAACUGUUGGUGUAAGUGCUGCAUUGAGGCAAUUGCUAGAAUUUGGGCUGUUUCAUGGUGAUCCACAUCCUGGAAAUAUUUUUGCAAUGCGUGAUGGUCGCAUUGCUUAUGUAGAUUUUGGGAAUGUUGCUGUGCUCAGCCAGCAAAACAAGCAAAUAUUGAUCGAUGCUGUUGUCCAUGCUGUAAAUGAAGAUUAUGUUGAAAUGGCAAAUGAUUUUACCAGGCUUGGCUUCCUUGCUAGUGGAACCGAUGUUUCUCCUAUUGUACCAGCCUUGGAAGCGAUUUGGCAGAACUCUGCAGGAAAAGGCCUUGCUGAUUUCAAUUUCCGCAGUGUAACUGGUAAAUUUAACCAACUCGUUUAUCAGUAUCCAAUACGAAUCCCAGAAAGAUUUUCUCUUGUCAUUCGCUCCUUGUUGACUCAGGAAGGCAUUUGCUUUACACUAAAACCAGAUUUUAAAUUUCUCGAGGUUGCAUAUCCUUACGUGGCAAAACGUCUUUUAACAGACCCAAAUCCUGCUCUUCGUGAGCGCCUUAUUCAGGUUCUGUUUAAAGAUGGAGCAUUUCAAUGGAAACGGCUUGAGAAUCUCAUAACUUUAGCGAAGGAGAAUGUUGCUAAAAUGAACAGCAAUCCUGCAUUGCAAACGAGGAACAUGCGAAGUUCAAGAGAUGUGCAAGUUGAAAAAAAACUAGAUCUAACUGAUACAAUCAAGGAUGGGGCAAAGAUGUUUAUGAUCGAUUCUGGUAUUCGACGACAACUUCUUCUGGCUUUGACUGAAGACUCCAGGCUUCACAUCCAAGAGCUAGUGGAUGUCUAUAGAUUGGUGGAGGAUGAAAUAGAUAUACCGACUGUAGCACUUCAAGUCUUGCAAGAAUUGCCUGCUGUAACACGUGACCUCAUGCUUUCCUGGAGUGAAUCUGUUCUGUCUGACCGUUGAUUCAGUUUGAAACUACAAUGGUAAUUAAUUUCUUUGCUAUUGCUUGGCGGACAAGUGCUUUGCUUGCUUGUGCUUUAUAUCUAAAGAGGGAGGAAAUCCUGCCAUCUAUGACACACAACCUCGUGCCUUUCUGGAACAAUCUGUUGCGCCGCAUCCACUGAACUAGUUUGACGCCAUGCACCAUCAAGAAGAUGCAAUGUACUAGUUGCAUUUAUUUUUGAUGCAUCAACACGAAGAUUCUACAGGCUGCAUGUUUGUGUGAUGGAAUAUUCCAACGUCCCCGUCGCACAUUUCUAGCUAUUAGAUAUUUAUGCGGAAAUGCAUUAUAUUCUUGUAUACGUGCUUCCUUGGGCGAUCAUUUUUAAAAUGUAAAUUUUGUAUAAUAUGUAAUUCACACGAUACUUUUGUAUCUAAUCAUUCUUAUACAUGUAUCCUCUUGUUGCUUUA